UCUUGAUCAUUAUUCUAUAGUUGCCCAUUCCCUUUCUUAAUUGCAAAGAAAUCGACAGAACCGCGUGAGAAGAAAAAGAGCUGCAGAUUGCAUCACGAGAGUCCCCAUUGAAAUCCUCUAUAAAAUCGCUUCCUGUCUAUUGUUCAGACAAAACAUACCAUCUUUUGUGUCCGGAUCCUGAAGUUUAGCCGAAUCACUUCCGCUUCUCCUCGUUGCGAUCAUCAGCCAUGGCGGGCACUCCCGAGAAACCAUCGUCUCCCAAGGCGGCCGCGCCGGAACCGCCCCAACCCUCUUCUCCGUUCCCUCCGGCCGAGCCGGCGCCGUCCUCCGCCUCUCAGUCGCAGCCGCCGAGCGAAGAGGAGGCCAAGAAAUGGGGCACCCACGUCAUGGGCAAGCCCGCCGUCCCCACCGUCCACCCGGACAACCAGAAGGCCGCAUCGUGGAACGCCGCCGACCACCAGCAGAUCAGCCAUCAGCCCUACAUCCAGUACGAGCCCAUCGAUCGUCCGAGCAGCAGCCCGCUCGAGUCCGUGAUCCACAUGUUCAAUACCUGGAGCAAGAGGGCCGAGACCAUUGCCCGCAACAUCUGGCACAAUUUGAAAACGGGGCAAUCGGUGUCCGGAGCCGCGUGGGGCAAGGUGAACCUGACGGUGAAAGCCAUAUCGGAAGGAGGAUUUGAGUCGCUUUUCAAGCAGAUCUUCACGACCGAUCCGAAUGAGAAGCUGAAGAAGACCUUCGCUUGUUACCUCUCGACAUCGACGGGUCCCGUCGCGGGAACGCUGUACCUGUCCACCGUUCGCGUGGCCUUCUGCAGCGACCGUCCCCUGACCUUCACUGCACCGUCAGGUCAGGAGGCUUGGAGCUACUACAAGGUUAUGAUUCCUUUGGCGAACAUCGGGACAGUCAAUCCUGUCGUCAUGAAGGAGAACCCCCCCGAGAAGUACAUCCAGAUCGUCACGACGGAUGGUCACGACUUCUGGUUCAUGGGAUUUGUUAAUUUCGACAAGGCGUCGCACCACCUCCUGAAUAGCCUCUCGGAGUUCAGAUUGGUCCCCCAAGUCGCACACUAGUUGAAUAUGGCUUGAUUUUGAGCUCGGCAUCAGUUUGUUGCGUCUUUUCCAGUUCUUGUGAGCAGCGAAUUUUGACAUUGUGUACAGCAGUCUUGAGGGUGUGAUAUUGCUUCAUUGUUUGUUGCUACUCUUUUUUUCCCAUCACUUUAGUCUUAUGUUACAGAUGCACAUUCAUGUUGGUUGUAAAUCUUGUUCGUAAUAACAGUGGAUUAGACCUAUGCAUUUUUGUCUA